AUGAAGAGCACGUUCCUUCUCUUCGUUUUGCUGGGAGUAGUAGUAUCUGGAAGAAGAACCCCACUGCUUAGGGGCUUACCUGCAACAAGUACUGUUGAAGAAAAUGCACCAGCUGGUGUUUCCGUUUAUACCUUCAAUGUGACUGGUUCUCCAUUGUCUUCUGGAGCUGUUGCAAUACAUCCUACCAUAGUGAAUCCGAAUCCACUUACGGAAGCAUUUGCUAUUGUAUCCGCAGGAGAUCUUGUGUAUAGGAUUUUUGUUGAAGAUACUGCUGGGAGGACUGACCUCAACACACUAACUAUCCAAGUAGCGGAUAAGAAUGAACGUCCUGUGUUUUGGGGAAAUAUGGCAAUUCAAACUGUGAGGAUCUAUGUCUUGGAAGGAAUGCCUCCUGGACUCAUCUACAGAGUCAAUGCAACAGAUCCUGAAAACGGUGAACUCAAAUAUUCACCACUCCCUGAAUCAGUGCCAUUCCAAGUCUUGGAAAAUGGAGACAUUUUUUCAAGAAAAAAAAUAGAUUACGAGAAGGAUCCACACUGCUAUUUUUUAAAUAUAACAGCGACAGAUCCAGAAGGACUAAACUCUACUAGAACAGUGAAUAUAAAUAUAAUUAACAUCGAUGAUGAAAGCCCUUACUUUACCACAAAACAAAGAAUCUACAGGAUUCCUGAGGAACAAAGCCCAGGAACUGUUGUUGCCAAUAUAACAGCUAAAGAUCCUGAUGAUGAAGACUCUCCUAGCAGACUUUUCUACAGCAUCCAGUCUUCUGACACAUAUUUCUCCAUAAAUCCAUCAACUGGAGUGCUGCAGGUGUCCGGGAGAAUCGACCGCGAUGUCCUUCCCCUGCAGCUCCAUCCCAAUGUCUCCAUGAUAAUCCGGGUGGAGGACAGCCCUCGUGUGGGGCACUCCAGUGAAAUGGAGAUCACAGUCAUCAUUGGAGACAUCAAUGACAACCCACCAGAAUGCAAUCCCUCCACCUUCAGGAAAGAAAUAAAUGAAAAUACUACUGCUGGGAUAGUUCUUCUUGAUCUCAGAAACAGCUGUAGAGAUAUUGAUGUUGAUCCACCAAACAAUCUAUUUAGUUUCACUGGAUUAUCUGGUUUUGGAAGCAACAACUUUGCUCUGGAGUCUGCGGAGUCCGGAAGACUUGUGAUGACUGAAAGUAUUGAUUUAGAAAAUCCAUCUAAUCCAGGAGUUGAGGUUUAUUCUUUGACUGUCAGGGUGCAAGAUAUCGCCUCUCCUAACUACUCAAAUACCGUUUACAUUUAUAUCAGGAUAAAGCCAGUGAAUGAAUUUUUUCCAGUCUUCAGUAGUCCAUCAUAUGAAUUUUAUGUUCCAGAAAUUACCAAAGUUGGAUCCACUAUUGGAAAAGUGACUGCCAGCGAUGCAGACUGGCCGCCCAGUGUCAUCACUUAUUCCAUUAUAGCUGGAGGAGGGACCAAGGAUUACACAAAUGCAUUCUGGAUCAGCCCAAUUAAUGGAGAUGUGAAGAUUUUAGAAAGAUUAGACUAUGAAACAACCCAGAAACACUUUUUCACAGUGCAAGCCUCAGACCAAGAGAAGACUGCAACAGCAUCUGUAACUGUCAAUGUUUUGGAAGUAAAUGAUGAAGAACCCAUUUGUUCACCAAAUUUCUAUUCAUUUCAAAUCCCAGUCAGUUUAGCAGUUGGGACCAAUGUCAAUGGCUUCAGGAUUCAAUGUCAAGAUCGUGAUUCUGAUCCCAGGUCUUUCCGUUACUUCAUUGAAGGCAAUGUGAACAAUCAUUUCACCUUUUCACCAGUGGCUGGCUCCAACACGUCUCAGCUGAUUCUUGCAUCUCCCUUUGACUAUGAGAGUGGGCUUGAUACAAAAUGGAUUUACAGACUGCGUGUCUACAUAACAGAUGACAAUUUACUAUCUGUCAAGAACAAGGCUACACACCUAGUUAAAACUGGAACAGUGACUUUAAGCAUCAGAGUUAUCCCAAACCCAACAACUGUCACUACCACGACGCCUGGCUUUACAGUGGUGACGAAGAAGGAGAACCUCUACUUGGACUCAGCAUGGUACGUGCCAUUUGUCACCACACUGGGCAGCCUGCUGCUCCUGGGACUGCUGGGCCAUCUCCUGGCCAGGUGGCUCUGUGCCCGCUGCCUGUCUGCACCCCAAGCUGACAGCACACCUCUGAUAAAUGCUCCAGGUGUGUACUUCUUUAAUACCUCUCAACAGCACCAAGUUUACUAUUCUGUGUAA